AUGAUCAGCACGAUCAACGGGGGCCCCACUCUGGCAGGACCCUCUAACUAUUCAAUGAAACAAUAUGUGCGUGCCGCUCACUACCCCCAGGUCUUCGGCAUAAAAGACGAUCGGUGCCACAAGGUCCCGAAGGUGGGGUGGGAUCCCAUCACCUUCUGUGAGGAAGAAGAGGAAUGGAUCAUUUACCCCCACGAUGACCCAAUGAUCAUUCGGGCCGAGAUCGCCGACUACGAUGUAGGUCGGGUGCUGAUUGACACCGGGAGUUUGGUGAAUGUAAUUUUCGCUGAUGCAUUCAAAGGACUGGGAAUUGCCGACAGCAUGGUCAAUCGGCAAAUAACACCCCUCCUCAGUUUUUCUGGGGAUCUAGUCCAGCCAGUCGGCAGUAUCAGUCUGCCCAUCGCCUUCGACGUCGCCCCUAGGAAAACAAUGACCUACGACCAAUUCCUCAUUGUCGAUUGCCCAACGGCAUACAACGUCAUCGUAGGGCGAACGGCACUCACCAGGGUCAAAGCCCACUUAUCCCCUCACAUUUUGCUGAUGAAGUUCCCAACACGCAACGGUACUGGCGUCAUCCGGGGUGACCAGCUCAAUGCACGGUCAUGCUAUGCCACAACCCUUAAGUCGGUAGCUUGCAAACCGCCAAUGGAAGCCAUGACCGUGCAGGGACUACCGAACGGUAGCGGGCUCAUUGAUGACCCCAGGGAGGAAACGCCAAAGCCAGUGGCGCAGCCUGCCGAAGAGCUCGAAACCGUGGUCCUAAACGAGGAUUUUCCCGAUCGGUGGGUAAAAAUCAGCACUAACCUAGAUGCCGACCUCCGAAGACAGUUCAUCGACUUCUUACGGCAGCAGGCGGAGUUUUUCGCCUGGUCUUAUGACGAUAUGCCAGGCAUAUCACCUGACGUCAUCAACCACAAGCUCAGCAUAAGCGGUCAGGCAGAAGCGCCGUUCAUAUGA